AUGGGCUUCGAGCUGGACCGCUUCACGGGCGCCGUGGACCCGGACCUGAAGUGCAACCUGUGCCACAAAGUGCUGGAGGAGCCGCUGACCACGCCGUGCGGCCACGUCUUCUGCGCGGGCUGCGUGCUGCCGUGGGUGGCGCAGCGGAGCAGCUGUCCGGCGCGCUGCCGCCGCGUCUCGGCCGCCGAGCUGCACCACGUGCCGCCGCUCAAGAGCCUCGUGCUGAAGCUGGCCACGCGCUGCGAGCACAGCGCGCGGGGCUGCGCCGCCGUGGUGCCCCUGCAGCGGCUGGCCGAGCACGCCGAGACGUGCGAGUUCGCGCCGGCCUCGUGCCGCCACCGCGGCUGCGGCCAGGUGCUGAACGCGCGCGACGUGGACGCGCACAUGCGCGAGCAGUGCGAGCACCGGCCGGCGGGCGCGUGCGAGCGCGAGCGCGGCUGCGGCCUGGUGCUGACCCAGCGCGAGCGCGCACUCGGCGCCCACUGCUGCGUGCAGGCGCUCAAGGCGCACGGCGGCGCGCUCCAGGCCAAGGUGGACGGCCUGGGCAAGGAGCUGAAGAGGCAGGCGCUCCGGGCGAGCAAGCGCGAGAAAGCGCUGCUCGCGCGCCUGGCCGCCGCGCACAGCGAGCUGCAGGUGACCGCGCUGCGCUACCAGAAGAAGUUCACCGAAUACAGCGCGCGGAUCGAGUCGCUCAGCAGGUCCAUCGCGGCGCCGUGCAAGGGUGGUGAGAACAAAAGUGUGGCGGUUAUGCUCCACAGGGAGUCUGGAUCUUUGGGCUUUAAUAUCGUUGGGGGAAGACCAUGUAUGGAUAAUGAAGAUGGGACUUCCAAUGAAGGCAUCUUUGUAUCAAAGAUUGUAGAGAACGGGCCGGCGGAUCAAGAAGGGGGUCUUCAGAUUCACGACAGGAUAAUGGAGGUCAAUGGCAAAGAUCUGUCCAAGGCAACCCAUGAGCAGGCGGUGGAGGCCUUCCGCACAGCCAAAGAGCCCAUCAUGGUGCAGGUGUUACGCAGGGUGCCCAGACCCAAACCAGCCCCAGACGGGGACACGCAGGUGGUGGACAUCAGCACUCAGACUGACAUCACCUUCCAGCACAUCAUGGCCCUCAGCAAGCUGCCUGCCUCAAGUCCACCUGCACUGGAGCAAUACCUGCUGCCAGAGGGACACUCUCCUGGACACGAAUACUUCGACCCGAAUGACUUCCUAGAGGGCAUGCAUCAAGAUAUGGAGAGAGAGGAGCUUGAGUAUGAGGAGGUCGAUUUGUACAGGACCAACAUCCAGGACAAGCUGGGUCUGACUGUGUGCUACAGAACUGAUGAUGAGGAUGAAACUGGCAUCUACGUCAGCGAGAUUGAUCCAAACAGCAUUGCUGCAAGAGACGGGCGAAUCAGGGAGGGGGACAGAAUCAUCCAGAUUAACGGUAUAGAGGUGCAGAAUCGGGAGGAGGCGGUGGCCCUUCUUACGAGUGAGGAGAACCAGAAUGUAUGCCUGUUAGUGGCUCGACCAGAGAUACAGCUUGAUGAGGGAUGGAUGGACGACGACAGAAACGAUUUCCUGGAUGACCUGCACAUGGACAUGCUGGAGGAGCAGCAUCAUCAGGCCAUGCAGUUCACUGCCAGCAUGCUAGAACAGAAGAAGCACGAGGAGGACGGAGGUACGACGGACACAGCCACGCUGCUGUCACAGCGGCAUGAGAAGGACAGCGGUGUGGGCCGCACGGACGAGAGCACGCGCAACGAUGAGAGUUCAGAGCAGGAGAACCUCUGCGAUGACCAGACCAGCGCCUCCACCACGCUGGGCAGUCGCCGACGCUUGGCUUACAGUCAGGACACACUGGGCAGCAGCGACCUGCCCUUCAGCAGCGAGUCCUUCAUCUCGGCCGACUAUCCCGAUGCCGACUUCCUGGGCGACUUCCCGGCUGAUGAAUGUGAGCGCUUCCGCGAGUUGCUGGAGCUGAAGUGCCAGGUGAGGAGCGGUGCCAGUGGCUCACACCAGGGCUUGGGCUGGCCCAACUUUGGCAUAGCCAGUGGGCAAGACUUAGGAGGAGCAGGAGAGGAAGGAGUGGACAAGGAGCUCGAGCUCCUCAAUGAAGAGCUGCGAAACAUCGAGCUGGAGUGUCUGAGCAUUGUGCGGGCGCAUCGCAUGCAGCAGCCCUGGAUGUUGCACAACAGCGGCUUUCGCAACUACAACACCAGCGUGGAUGGAUCACGGCGUCACGAGCUAGCCGACAUCAGCGAGCUGCCCGAGAAGUCAGACAAGGACAGCUCCAGUGCCUAUAACACAGGUGAGAGCUGCCGCAGCACACCACUCACCCUGGAACUCUCUCCUGACAACUCCCUCCGUCGGGCCGCUGAAGGACCAGCAGAAGCUUGCACAGGAGGUGCAUUGAGUUCCAACACCAGAGUCCAGAAGCCCCUCCUGUCUCCUGUCCAAGAGGUAUCCAGAAACCGGCCCACAUCUUCUGAAGAGGCUGAAGCUGGACCCCAGCCUGAGGCCAAAGAGCGCAAGGCCCAGCCACGCUCGCCCUACAAGCAUGCCCACAUCCCAGCGCAUGCCCGGCACUACCAGAGUUACAUGCAGCUGAUCCAGCAGAAGUCGGCCGUGGAGUAUGGCCAGAGCCAGAUGAGUCUGGCCAGCAUGUGCCGGGACGCAGCUCCGGACCUGGAGCCCAAGAUGGAGUGGAAAGUGAAGAUCCGCAGCGACGGUACCCGCUACAUCACCAAGAGACCUGUGCGUGACCGGCUGCUUCGAGAGCGCGCCAUGCGCAUCCGUGAGGAGCGUAGUGGUGGCAUGACCACGGACGACGACGCUGCAAGUGAGCUAAAGAUGGGCCGCUACUGGAGUAAGGAGGAGCGCAAGCAGCACGCCGUCCGCGCCAAGGAGCAGCGCCAGCGCCGUGAGUUCAUGAAGCAGAGUCGCAUGGACUGCCUCAAGGAGCAGCAGGGCAGCGACGACAAGAAGGAGCUCAACAUCAUCGAACUGAGCCACAAGAAGAUGAUGAAAAAGCGAAACAAGAAGAUCUUCGACAACUGGAUGACGAUCCAGGAACUGCUCACCCACGGGACAAAGUCGCCGGACGGCACGCGGGUGUACAACUCGCUGUUGUCAGUGACCACGGUGUGAACGUGGCUACUGGUGGCGCUCUCUGCUGUACAUAGGACACUACCGACUGGGGUAUAGUAUCCUGCCUCGUUCAAUGUGGCAACGUUUGUACAUAAGGAUAUAGGAACGCCUCUUCUGAAGGAACUGUAUGACUGGCGUUUGAGAGAAGGUGCAUUGGGGAGUCUCAGAGAUGGACUUAGGAUGUGUUUGAAAAAAUGACAAUUGGUUUUUCGUAUGCUCUCUAAAGCUUUCUACCUUGUGCUUGCUUUUUUUGAAUAAUAUGUUAUAAAGGAACAAUUUUAAAGACGAUAACAGCGCAAAGAUCAUGUGCCAUAAGUAAACAACCACCAACAUCAUUUAUUUUUUUUUAUACAAGUCAUGUUUAUCAGUAUUUUAAUUAUCAUGCAUACAUCUUGCUUAUUAAAAGUAAUACAAACAAGUAUUUAGCUUCAAGGUCAACACAAAGUACUUCGGCAAGACAGUUUUACAUUUAAAAACAACUUUGUUUUACAGGUUUUAAAGAAAAGGUGCUGUUUUUCAGUUUUCAAGUUUUAUUACAAACAGCUUUCGUGUGUUCCAGCUGUUCAGUAGGUCAAGCAUUAUGUAUCAUCCAAGAGCAAGUUCUCAAUUUGUUGGACUGUAAAUUUGUUUGUGGUGUUGUUAAAAGGUACAUUCUGUGAUUUUCUUUUAUUUUUAUCAACAAAAUGGUGACCUUGACACUGUUUAGCUGAAAUAAUCAGUUAUUCUUCUCAAAUUCCUCGGCUAGAACUUGAGACGCAGGAACCAGGAACCAGGAACCUUAAGAGAAAGAAAACACAGUGUUUGGGCUUUCAAUUUGUAGUCAAAAGCCUUUUGUACCUUUUGUAUAGGAUUCCAUGUAUCAAAGCAAAGUAACACAGCCUAACAAAUCCUUAGUUAGCAACACAAUUUGAUGUCUUGUAAAAUGAGAGAAAUAAUAAAUUAUUGUUUUAUAUUUGA